AUGGAAGAAAGUACGUAUUUUGAAGAUUUGAGGACUUUGACACAAGCUACUUUCUGUUUUGAAAACGAAGAUCAUACAUUAGGAAACUGUUUACGUUGUAUUUUGCUUCAAAAAGAAGGCAUCGAAUUUGCAGGGUACACAGUACCUCAUCCAACUCAGGCGGAGAUUAACCUUCGGAUUCAAACAACAGGUGAACCAGCAAUUAACAUUUUAAAGGAAUCAUUGGAUGAUUUAGCUCAUAUGUGUGAUAUUAUGUUGGACAAGUUUAACAAUACGUUAAAGAACUCUCAUUAA